GACAGAAGCAGCAGCAACGCUGACUCGGGCUUCCCUGCCUUCCCUGGAAGCAUUGCAAGCCCAGCGCCCUUGUCUUGCUCCUGGAAGGCUGGAGUGGGGUGUGUGGGGGGCUGUGUGUGGCUCUGGGUCUUCUUCUCUGCCCAUGCGGUUGCGGAUCAUGUCUAACAACUACCUCCUCGCCCCGAUCCAAGAGGGACCCUCCGAGGACCUGGCCAGGGAGGUGAAGCUGGCCGUCCUGGGCACCGGGAGCGUAGGGAAAAGCGCUAUGAUAGUACGGUACCUAACCAGGAGAUUUAUUGGUGAUUAUGAGCCCAAUACAGGAAAUCUGUAUUCAAGACUUGUUCACGUUGAAGGCGAUCAAUUUUUUUUGCAAAUCCAAGACACCCCAGGAUGUAUUGAGGUUCAAGAAGACAUUGCUCAGAUGUUGGAUUCACUGUCCCGGUGUCUGAAGUGGGCAGAUGGUUUUCUCUUGGUCUAUUCUAUUACGGACUACCGUAGCUACCAGUCUAUCCGUCCCCUUUACCAACACAUCCGGAAGAUCCGCCCUGAUGCUAAAAUCCCUGUUGUCAUUGUUGGCAACAAAGGAGACCUGACUCAUUCCAGACAGGUGGCCAUGAAUGAUGGCCUCCAGUUGGCCAAUGAACUGGGCAGUGUGUUUCUAGAAGUUUCCACUAGUGAUAAUUACCAAAGCGUAUGUGAUGUGUUCCAGUAUCUUUGCAAAGAAGCCAGCAAAACACACAGCUGUGGCAGCGGAGAGAGAAGGAGGUCCUCUGUCAUUCCCCGCCCCAAAUCGCCAAAUAUGCAGGACCUCAAGAGACGUUUCAAACAGGCUUUAUCUUACAAAAUCAAAUAAUCCUCAGCCUGAAGUUCCUCCUGAACAGACUGUUUUAUAAAAUAUACAUUUAUAAGAAAAAUUUAUUUUUGUACCAAAGCUCCUUGUCUGUGUUUGAAAGUAUGAGACUUUCUUGCAAUGUUUUUGUAUGAAUUAACUCUCCUCCCCACAAAAAUAGGAUGGCUUGUAACAAAAUAAAACUGGGAAAGAGACAGACCCAGGUUGCCAGUUUCUAUGAUGGUUGUUUGCUGCAUAACCUAAGAGACAUGAUGUAGUUGUAUUUCUGCUCUGUCGCACUUCCGUAACAAUCAGGAAAUGCCUUAAAUCCUAGCAUUUCAAUGUAGCUUGGAUGAAGGAUUGGGAUGUUCACAACCUUCUCAGCACACACAAAAACACGCUGAAAUCCUACUGACAUGGCUGGUGCUAUUACUAGGCAAAGUGAGGGAUUUGCCUCAGGUGGCAGAAGCUGGGGAGAGGCAGUCCCUUUACUAUUCCUCCUGAGCUACCCAACCAUGUACCUCACAACCUGUUCUGUACCCGUUAAAGUAACCCGUAUCCCUCAGUAGUAGAGAACCAAGUGUGUGAAUACUGUAUACUGUAGUCAUAGUAGUUUAGUAGCACUUUAACUAUCAUGGCUAAAUUCUGUGGAAUACUAAGAUUUGUAUUUUGUAAGCUGCUCUAGUUCUGUAGUUCUCUUAAUGAAGAAUUAGCUCUCCAGCCUACAAAUUCCAGGAUUCCAUAGGAUGGAUCUAUAAUUGUUAAAGUGAUAUUGAAUUCUUUUAAGUCUGUGAUGGAGAUAAAUGCUAAGCAAUGUUGAAAUAAGAUUCAACUCUCAGUGGAAUUGUUGUGGAAUGCAUCUUGUACUUUGCCUCAGGCAGAAAAAAUUAUCUUUGUUGACCCUUCCCUAUGGAUUACUUUUCAAUUAAACCAAAGGCUGCCUGUUCCUUCAAUAUAUAAAUAUGGGGUGAGAAGUGCCACAUGACCAGCUGUGUAAAAAGGUGUGAAAC